GGGCACGAAAGAUUAAACGUCACUGAAAUUCUGAGUCAAUCUGCACUUUCCGUCGACUUUUAAAGGGAAAUUAAUCGAAAGAUAUCGGAAAUUACUUAAAUUUUGUUGCUCAAUUUAGUCCACCGCUGUGAUAAAAAAUGACGGAACACCAGAUGGAUUGCGCUUUGGAUUUGAUGCGUCGCCUGCCCCCGCAACAAAUCGAGAAAAAUCUCAUCGAUUUGAUCGAUUUGGCGCCCGCUCUGUGCGAAGACCUGCUGACAUCCAUCGACCAGCCACUGAAAAUUGCCAAAGACAAGGCGACGGGGAAGGAUUACUUGCUUUGCGACUACAAUCGUGACGGCGACUCGUACCGAUCGCCGUGGUCAAACACGUACGAUCCGCCACUCGAAGACGGGUCGUUGCCGUCGGAGCGCCUUCGAAACCUCGAAAUUGAAGCCAACUAUGCCUUUGAUCAGUACCGCGAGAUGUACUACGAGGGCGGCGUGUCUUCCGUCUACUUGUGGGACUUGGAUCACGGAUUUGCGGGCGUCAUUCUGAUCAAGAAGGCGGGCGACGGCAACAAAAAAAUCAAAGGGUGCUGGGACUCGAUUCACGUCGUCGAGGUGCAGGAAAAAACGUCGGGACGCAGUGCGCACUACAAACUCACGUCGACCGCGAUGUUGUGGCUGCAAACGAACAAGCAGGGCAGCGGCACGAUGAAUUUGGGCGGCAGUCUUACGCGACAAGUGGAACAAGAUGCGGCAGUGGGCGAAACGUCGCCGCAUAUCGCCAACAUUGGGCGCCUCGUCGAAGACAUGGAGAACAAAAUUCGCAACACACUGAACGAAAUUUACUUUGGCAAGACCAAGGACAUCGUGAACGGACUGAGAAGCGUGCAAUCGUUGAGCGACCAGAAGCGCGAGGACGAACUGAAGAAACAGUUGGCGCAACAACUGCAACUCCGGAACAAACCCGACAACUAACCAACGCAGGAAAUUGUCUUCGGUUAAAAAAAAAGUAUUUAUCUAUUUUUUUCAAAAAAUAUUUUUUUAUGUAAUUUUUUUUUUUUUUGUUAUGUCGAUACUUUAACCAAUUUAUAUAUUUUUUUCAUUUAAAGAAAUUAUUAAACAUUUAUUUACCAAUAUUUUACUCGCAACGCAAUCAACUUCAAUACGCAUCUCUCCAAAUUAAGCAAUUAAGGUUAACAAAAAAAAAAAAACUAUUCACGAAAAAAUAGAAAAAAAAUAAAAUUAGAAUGAAGAGAAAUAAUUAGGCGAAUUUGCUACUAAAACAAAUAAUUAAUAAAAAUUAGAUCGCUUUUUGUAUUAAAUUCCAUUUCUGUUCUUUUUCUAGCAUUUAUUACCCAGG